GUCGUUUCGCGGUUGAGAGAGAGUUUGGUGCUGCGUGAGGGAAGGGCUGAAACUGAAGGCAGAGAGGGCAAUGGCUGCCGAAAGUCAGGAGAUGAGUGGCAUCCAUUUUCCUUUUCCCUUCCCGCCUUAUUCUAUCCAGAAGGACUUCAUGGCGGAGCUCUACAAGGUUUUGGAGGCUGGCAAGAUUGGGAUAUUUGAGAGUCCGACUGGCACGGGAAAGUCCUUAAGUCUGAUUUGUGGGGCCCUCUCCUGGCUCCGUGACUUUGAACAGAAGAAAUUGCAAGCAGAAGCACGUCUCCUUGCACCUGGAUCUGGCCCCACAAGUAGUGGGAAGAACUCACUCAUGUCUUCCUCAUCUUGCCAAGAACCUUCUGACACUCUAAGGCCUUCUGGAGAACCUGACUGGGUCACUGAAUUUGUGCAGAAAAAAGAAGAAAGGGACCUGGUGGAGAGGCUGAGGGAGGAGCAAAUGAGGAGGAGGAAACGAGAGGAGCGUCUGCAGGAGGUCUACCAGGAUGGAAGGCUUAGGUUUGCAGCCAAGCGCAUGAAACAGGAAGAAGAGGAGACUGAGACUCUCCUGCGCCUUAGCAGGGAGAUGCUAGCUGCAGGAACAGGACCAGAGCAGCUAGAGCAGCUGGAGUGUGGGGAGGAACAUCUGGUUCUGGCAGAAUAUGAGAGUGAUGAGGAGAGAAGAGGCAGCAGGGUGGAUGAAGCUGAGGAUGACUUGGAGGAAGAACAUGUAACCAAGAUUUAUUACUGUAGUCGGACACACUCACAGUUGGCCCAGUUUGUGCGUGAAGUACUGAAGAGCCCUUUUGGCAAGGAAACCCGGCUAGUCUCCCUUGGCUCUAGGCAGACCCUUUGUGUGAAUGAAGAUGUAAAAAACCUGGGUUCUGUGCAGCUUAUGAAUGACCGCUGUGUGGACAUGCAAAGAAGUAAACACGAAAAGAACAGAACUGGGGAAGACAAGCCAAAGAGAAGGAGACAGAAGAUCCAGACCUCUUGCCCCUUCUACAAUCAUGAGCAGAUGGAGCUUCUCCGGGAUGAGGUUCUGCUGGAGGUGAAGGACAUGGAGCAACUUGUGGCCCUUGGGAAGGAGGCCCGGGCUUGCCCCUAUUAUGGAAGCCGCUUUGCCAUCCCCGCAGCCCAGCUAGUGGUGCUACCCUACCCAAUGUUGCUGCAUGCAGCCACACGACAGGCUGCUGGAAUCAGGCUGCAAGGUCAGGUGGUCAUUAUUGAUGAGGCGCACAACCUGAUUGACACCAUCACCAACAUCCACAGCACAGAGGUCAACGGUUCCCAGCUCUGCCAGGCCCAUUCCCAGUUGCUCCAGUACAUGGAAAGAUAUGGAAAGCGUUUAAAGGCCAAGAACUUGAUGUACAUCAAGCAGAUCCUAUACUUGCUGGAGAAGUUUGUGACUGUUUUGGGAGGUAACGUUAAGCAAAAUCCUAGUACACAGAGCCUGCCUCAGACAGGGUCUGAGCUGAAGAGCAUCAAUGACUUUCUCUUUCAGAGCCAGGUGGACAACAUCAACCUCUUCAAGGUGCAGCGGUACUUGGAGAAGAGCAUGCUCAGCAGGAAGCUCUUUGGCUUCACAGAAUGUUUUGGAGUUGUUCUUCCAUCCCUCUCAGACUCUCAGGAAAACCGAGGUCUGGGUGGCUUCCAGCAGUUCCUGAAGAGCCUGCAGUCAGGGACUACUGAGGACUCCCUGGAGGAGGGCCAGGCUGUAGCCCUGCGGCCUGCCUCUCCACUGAUGCACAUUGAGGCCUUCCUGGCAGCUCUCACCACAGCCAACCAGGAUGGCAGGGUUAUUGUGAACCGCCAAGGCAGUGUGGGUCAGAGCAGCCUUAAAUUCUUACUCUUGAACCCAGCUGUGCACUUUGCCCAGGUGGUGAAGGAAUGCCGAGCAGUGGUCAUUGCAGGUGGCACCAUGCAGCCGGUGUCUGACUUUCGGGAGCAGCUGCUGGCAUGUUGUGGAGUAGAAGCUGCGCGAGUGGUGGAGUUUUCCUGUGGUCACGUGAUCCCUCCAGACAACAUCUUGCCCCUUAUUAUAUGCAGUGGGCCCUCUAACCAGCAGCUGGAAUUCACCUACCAGAGAAGAGAGCUGCCUCAGAUGAUGGAGGAGACAGGCCGCAUUCUCUGUAACUUGUGCAACGUGGUCCCUGGAGGGGUGGUAUGCUUCCUCCCUUCCUAUGAGUACUUGCGCCAGGUACAUGCUCAUUGGGACAAGACUGGCCUGCUGGCACGUUUGUCUGUCAAGAAAAAGAUAUUUCAAGAGCCCAAGAGAGCGAGCCAGGUAGAACAGGUGUUGAUGGCGUAUUCCAAGUGCAUUACGAGCUGCAGUCACUCAGAAGGCCAUCUGACAGGGGCCUUGCUUCUCUCUGUGGUUGGAGGGAAGAUGAGUGAAGGGAUCAACUUCUCUGACGACCUGGGCCGGUGUGUGGUGAUGGUGGGGAUGCCAUACCCCAACAUUAAGUCUCCAGAGCUACAAGAGAAGAUGGCCUACUUGGAUCAGACCCUUCCUAGAACAAAAGGUCAGCCCCCUCCGGGGACGGUAUUGAUAGAGAAUCUGUGUAUGAAGGCUAUAAACCAAUCCAUAGGCAGGGCCAUUAGGCACCAGAGGGAUUUUGCCAGCAUUGUGCUCCUGGAUCACCGGUAUGCCCGCCCUUCUAUCUUGGCGAAGCUGCCAUCCUGGAUACGAGACCGAGUGGAGGUCAAAGCCACCUUUGGGCCUGCUUUUGCUGCUAUGCGGAAGUUUCAUCGAGAGAAGGCACACCCAUGUCUGGUAUAAGCUUCUCUUUAUUCUUCCUGCUUGACCUGGCCUUUGUAUUUGGCCUAAGAAGGUCUAAACCAUAUGUAGACUGCUAAGUCUACACCAGCCUUCCAGACACAGUGGGCUUUUCUUGGCCUUGGACUCUCAUCUCAGGCACAGAUGUCCCUAUUUCAAGCUUUAUUACCUGGCCCACUCCAGAAUGACGCACAUAUCAUCUGUGCAUCUGUGCAGAAGAAAGUUUGAGAAAAAAAUGAGGACAUACUUAAUACUGAGAGAGCUGACAUAAACUUUGACUUUUCUGAAGGACCUUCACAAAGACUUUGACCCUAGCCAUAUACCUUUCUGUGCCCCACAAUUUUUUCUCCUUAUGCUUUUCCCCAUAAAGUAAGAGGCAUUGAUCCUGUCCAUGGCUGUUCAGGCCUCUGUGCUCAGAACAACAUCUACCUGAAGACAUGGCAUUGGGCAAAAGUGUCUCUGUGUUUUUCAUUUUCUUCUGUUGUAUCAUGAGGGAGCCCCAGUUAAGAGUCCAGCUCCUUCAUGUUCCACUGUGGCUGUCCCUUAUGUGAGCUUCAGCAAACUCAGGAGCAGUGCCCUUGCCAUUUAGGCAAUACACUAGUUGCAUACUGUUUGCAAACUGAGAAGCCAUAGAAGAGGCAGAGGAGAGAAUGAAGGCUUGUCUUUCACAGUUCUUGUGCAGCUUGCAGCUCAAAAUAGUUCCAUCCUUGAAUCUUCCCAGAUUGAAAUGGUAAGGCCCUCACACCUGGGGGAUAGACCGGCCUCCUAUAGGGAGGCAGGGAAAGAUUUUGUCACUAGGGUAGGACUUUAGCAUGUGCUGAGUGAAGUGCAGCUAGAAGUCCUUGUCUACUGAUCUCACCUAGAGAAUCUCACUUGUAAACCUUGAAGGAUUGCCACUGGAAAUCUACUCAUCUGUUAUCUGCUCUCUGAAAUGGCAAUGUUCCCAGGCUUACAUCAUAGGAAUAUUACGUGUCAUGCCUGAUUAAAAGAACAAUUGAACCUACAUAAACUUUAUGAUCAAGUA